CCACGGGAGCGCGAUGAGAUUGGCUGCAGGGAGGGCGGUGUCGGUCUACGCCCCCUGCCUUCUCCAGCUGGCUUUUGCGCAAGGUCAGUGAGGGCUUCGGCUGUGUGGACCUCUGGCUGUCAGGGCUUGGAGCUCCGAAGCCCAGCCGCCCUCUCCACAGCCGAGGUCAGAGACAGGCCGGCCAGCCAGUUCUUGUUCCUUUUGAGUGUUUUUCAUGGUCCAUCAUGUUGAGGGCUAAGACUCGGCUUCUUUUGCUUUCACCACACCACCUGAAGCAGCUCAAAGAGUCACCAGGAUCCAGGCUUAUAUGGCAGCGACUUCUGCAUCAGCGACAACCCCUUCAUCCAGAAUGGGCUGCCCUGGCUAAAAAGCAGUUGAAAGGCAAAAACCCAGAAGACUUAAUAUGGCACACUCCAGAAGGGAUCUCCAUAAAGCCUUUAUAUUCUAGCAGGGAUACCAAGGACUUCCCUGAAGAACUUCCAGGAGUGAAGCCAUUCACACGUGGACCAUAUCCCACCAUGUACACGUUUAGGCCCUGGACUAUCCGCCAGUAUGCUGGUUUUAGUACUGUGGAAGAAAGCAAUAGGUUCUAUAAAGAUAAUAUUAAGGCUGGUCAGCAGGGAUUAUCAGUUGCUUUUGAUCUGGCCACACAUCGUGGAUAUGAUUCAGACAACCCUCGAGUUCGUGGUGAUGUUGGAAUGGCUGGAGUUGCUAUUGACACCGUGGAAGAUACCAAAAUUCUUUUUGAUGGAAUUCCUUUAGAAAAAAUGUCAGUUUCCAUGACCAUGAAUGGAGCAGUUAUUCCAGUUCUUGCAACUUUUAUAGUAACUGGAGAAGAACAAGGCGUACCUAAAGAGAAACUUACUGGUACAAUCCAGAAUGAUAUACUAAAGGAGUUUAUGGUCAGAAAUACUUAUAUUUUUCCUCCAGAACCAUCCAUGAGAAUUAUUGCUGACAUCUUCCAAUAUACAGCACAGCACAUGCCAAAAUUUAAUUCAAUUUCAAUUAGUGGAUACCAUAUGCAGGAAGCAGGGGCUGAUGCCAUUCUGGAACUGGCCUAUACUAUAGCAGAUGGGUUGGAAUACUGUAGAACUGGACUCCAAGCUGGUCUGACAAUUGAUGAAUUUGCACCAAGGUUGUCUUUCUUCUGGGGAAUUGGGAUGAACUUUUAUAUGGAAAUAGCAAAAAUGAGAGCUGGGAGAAGACUCUGGGCUCACUUAAUAGAGAAAAUGUUUCAGCCUAAAAACUCUAAAUCUCUUCUUCUGAGAGCACAUUGUCAGACAUCAGGAUGGUCACUUACUGAGCAGGAUCCUUACAAUAACAUUAUUCGUACUACAGUAGAAGCAAUGGCAGCAGUGUUUGGAGGGACUCAGUCUUUGCACACAAAUUCUUUUGAUGAAGCCUUGGGUUUGCCAACUGUGAAAAGUGCUCGAAUUGCGAGGAAUACACAAAUCAUUAUUCAAGAAGAAUCUGGGAUUCCCAAAGUGGCUGAUCCUUGGGGAGGUUCUUAUAUGAUGGAAUCUCUCACAAAUGAUGUUUAUGAUGCUGCCUUGAAGCUCAUUGAUGAAAUUGAAGAGAUGGGUGGAAUGGCCAAAGCUGUAGCGGAAGGAAUACCUAAACUUCGAAUUGAAGAAUGUGCUGCCCGAAGGCAAGCAAGAAUAGAUUCUGGUUCUGAAAUAAUUGUUGGAGUAAAUAAGUACCAAUUGGAUAAAGAAGAAUCUGUGGAAGUUCUGGCAAUUGAUAAUACUUCAGUGCGUAACAAACAGAUUGAAAAACUCAAGAAGGUCAAAUGCAGCAGGGAUCAAGAUUUGGCUGAACGGUGUCUAGCUGCACUUACUGAAUGUGCUGCCAGUGGAGAUGGGAAUAUUCUGGCUCUUGCAGUGGAUGCAGCUCGUGCGAGAUGUACAGUUGGAGAAAUCACAGAUGCUAUGAAAAAGGUGUUUGGUGAACAUAAAGCUAAUGAUCGUAUGGUGAGUGGAGCCUAUCGCCAGGAAUUUGGAGAAAGUAAAGAGAUAUCAUAUGCUAUCAAGAGGGUUAAUAAAUUCAUGGAACGUGAAGGUCGCAGACCUCGUCUUCUUGUGGCAAAAAUGGGACAAGAUGGACAUGACAGAGGAGCAAAAGUUAUCGCUACAGGAUUUGCUGACCUUGGUUUUGAUGUGGACAUAGGUCCUCUUUUUCAGACUCCCCGUGAAGUGGCCCAGCAGGCCGUGGAUGCAGAUGUGCAUGCUGUGGGUGUGAGCACACUUGCUGCUGGUCAUAAAACCCUGGUUCCUGAGCUCAUCAAAGAGCUCAACUCCCUGGGACGGCCAGAUAUUCUUGUCAUGUGUGGAGGGGUGAUACCACCACAGGAUUAUGAAUUUCUUUUUGAAGUUGGAGUUUCCAAUGUAUUUGGUCCUGGGACUCGAAUUCCAAAGGCUGCCGUUCAAGUGCUUGAUGAUAUUGAGAAGUGUUUGGAAAAGAAGCAGCAAUCUAUGUAACAUCCUGUUUUUGUGUUAGCUUUUUUCUAAAAUAGUCUUUCAGUGACAAUCAGAGAGUAAAACCAUGUCUUCAAUUUAAUUCAACACUUGAUAUGUGCUUUCUUGAAAGCUUUACAUUAAAAUACCUGACUUAUAAGAAUUUUGUGAUGCUCUAAUUGUAUAUGUACAGUCUUACUUUAAAAAUUUAAAAAACGUAUAUACCCUUAAAAACUUUACAUGUUUAAUACUUCAUCAGAAACUCUAGACAAAGGUAUUAUUUUAUUUUAUUUUUUUAUUUUUUUAAAGAUUUUAUUUAUUUGAGAGAGAGAGAGCUCAUGAGAGGGGGGAGGGUCAGAGGGAGAAGCAGACUCCCUGUUGAGCAGGAAGCCCGAUGUGGGACUCCAGGAUCAUGACCUGAGCCGAAGGCAGUCGCCUAACCAACUGAGCCACCCAGGCGCCCGACAAAGGUAUUAUUUUAAAAAGUCAUAUUUAUUUGAAGUAUUUCUUAUAAAACUAUUUCUAUUUUAAAAAUUAAACUUUACCUAAAAAAAAUCUGGCUAGUCCCAAUUCUUCAGUUUAGCAUUAUAUUGACUUGAGCACCAGAAAACAAAAUCAUAUAUGAACAAAUAAUUACACCUAUCUUGGAAAAAGUAUGAAGAGUAUAGAGAAAUAUAUUAUGGUUGUGAUCUUCAACCAAAUUCUACUGGAAUCACUUCAAUAAGAAUAUUUAAUCAGACCUAAACAUUGGAAUAAGGAAGAAAUGGCAGAAUAUUUCUUCAAAUCUGACUUUACUUUCUUCCUGGGCAUGAGCAUGUGACCUCCUUAUGGCUGGGCUUGGCUCAAGAUCCAGGAGAGUGGGUGUUUAUGAAUAUUCCCUAAAAUGAAAGUAUUAGGUUGUUAAUAUGGCUUUCUCCAGAAUGAUGAUGUAAGUUAGGAGUGUAGAAGGGCUAUGAUACCUGGAAAAGUUAGUGGUAUAACUCAGUCCAAGUCUGAAUACAGGCCUGAGAAGCAAGAGAGCCCAUAGUGUAAAUCAUAGCCUAAGGGCCGGAAAAGGUGAUAUGACAUGCCCCAGAUCAAUUAGUGAGGCAGAAGAUAAAAGGGGUGGAUUCCUCUUUCCUCUGCCUUUUGUUCCAUUCAAACUCUCAACAGGUAGGAUGAUGCUCACAGACACUGGAGUGGGCAAUCUAUUUUACUAAAUCCACUGAUUCAAAUGCUAAUCUCAUCCAGAAGCACCCUAACAGACACACCCGGAAAUAAUACACAAUCAGGGCACCCCGUAGCCAGUCAAGUUGAUUACCUAUCAUAGGUACCUAUGACUUAAAAUUAUCACAGAGCCCUUGUACAUUGCUGGUGGAAAUGUACAGGGCUGUUGCUUCAGGGGAAAAUGAUAGGAUUCCUCAAAAAAAUUGAACAGUUACCAAAUGGCCCAGUAAUUCUCCUAGGUUUAUAUCCAAAAGAACUAAAGUGGGGUCUCACAUAGAUAUUUGUGCACCCAUGUUCAUAGCAGCUUUAUUCACAAUAGCCAAGAGAGAAGUAACCCAAGUGUCCUUUGAAAGAUGAAUGGAUAAAUAAAAUGUGGUAUAUACUUAGAAUACUAUUCAGCCUUAAAAAAGAAGGAAAUUCUGACACAUGCAGCAACAUAGGUAAAACUUGAAGACAAUAUGCUAAGUGAAAUCAGCCAGGCACAAAAGGACAAAUAUGAUUUCAUUUAUAUGAGAUUCCUAGAAUAGUAAAAUUCAUAGAGACAGAAAGUAGAAUAGUGGUUGCCUUGGCCUAGGGAAAGGGAAUGGGACAUUAAGGAAUUGAGUGGUUAUAGCAUUUGAGUUGGAGAAGAUGAAAAGUUCCAGAGAUGGAUGGUGGUGAUGGUUGUUCAGCAGUAUGAAUGAACUUAGAGCUGCAGAACUGCACACUUAAAAAUGGUAAAUAAGGUAAAUUUUAUGUUACAGGUAUUUUACCACAAUAAAAGUAUUUAGGACAGUCUUGACAGGUAGUAUUUAUUUUAUAAAUGCUAUUAAUAUUGUUACUGUAUUAUUACAAUUGUUGAAAAAGAAUGAAUGGGAAGGCAGAAAACUGGGAAGGUGGGCAGGAGCCAGGUUAUGUACAGAGGCAAGUUAAGGGAUUUGUACUUCAUCCUGAAGAUAAGGACAGAAUCAUAAAAGGGUUUUCACUAUGGAAAUAAUCUGAUAAGAUUUAUAUUUAGCACAACAGCUGUGUGGAACAUGCCUUUUAAUGGGGCAAGACUGGCAAUGAGAGGACUGUUAGAAUAAUGUAUUAGAGAAAUUCUCUUAUCUAAACUUUCCUGUCCUGGUGCUACUCAGAGAUGACAAACAUGGAGAGGAUCAGAUCUUAUUUUGGGAGACUGAAUUGACAGAAUCUGUCUUGUAUCUUUAAAAAAAAAAAAAAGGCUCUUGAUCCUUGGGUAUUCACUGUGUAGAAUCUCCUAUAUCCCCUCACCUAUUUUGGCUGUUCUUUUGUGGGCCGUUUUUGAUGGGCAGUGAUUUUGAGACUGGAUAUACUGGCAUAAUGUCAAAAUCGGGGAAGGGUAAAAUUAUGGGAUUUGUUUUCCAGUGAUCCUUCUGUCAAUACUAGAGUUUUUCUGGCUUUGGAAGCAUAUUAGGAUGAUGUGUUUAGGGUACCAUGAAGACAUCAAAAUCCUUUCCCUGCAACUUAAUGGAAAUAUCAGUGUUAUAUAAAUAUUAUCAUAGUAUAGGAAGUAGAGGAGAGCUUUGAAGAGGCUUCCUUUCCAAACAAAACCUGCUCGAAAGUAGAAAAAUUAAAGCAACAAAACCAAAGAAACAGGAUGAUUUAUUCCUCUGAUUUCCAUUUCAGGGAGGGGGGAUUCAUACAACGGAGGGGAGAGCUGAGGGGGUUGUUAAAUAGCUCUAGGUCUAUCUACCCACAGAAAAGGUUAUGCCAUGGGUCCCUGCCGCCCUCCACUAGCAUCUUUAAAUUCCUAUCCACUUCAUACUACUCAAAAUUUUUCCUUUACAAAAAAAAAAAAAAGUAUCUAAUAAAACCAUUUAUGUUAAGAGACUGCUAAUGUAGAAGAUGUUUAUUUUACCAGGUAUAUUUUUAUUUUAAAUGCGGGAAAAAACUUAUCAAAGUGAUGAAUAUGUAAAUAUGCUUAUUGCUAUCUGGUAGACACCGUAAAAAUGAUGUUGAUGAUGGUAACAAUUAAUGUUAUUUCUACCAAUAGGCAAAUCCCGACUCCAUUUCUGAAGAAUUAUGACCCAUCCUUUAGGUCAUUAGGCAAAAAUUUGUGCCUAACAUUAUGAAAAAUUCAGCAUUCAAAAAUAUUUUCAAAGAAAAAUCAUUUUGGUUUUCCUGAAUAAACAUAAUGCUAUUGUUUUGUU